AAAAAAAAUACUAUUUGAAUUUGAGCAGAAAAAAAGAGUUAAGAAAAAGUUGUUUACCAUUUCAUUUUGAAAAGAUGAGGGGAAGGUGUUAGGUUGGUUAAUGAAAGUCCAACAAAAGAAAGUUAAAGAGCAUUGAAUGCAUUUUACAACUUCUUUGGACACACACACUACUUGCCUUCUUACUACUUCACUUCUUCCACUGCUCAUUUCCUCUAUUCUCCAUCCAAACUUUUCUUCUAUAUAUUCUCUAUCUCAUCAUUCUUAGUUACUCACUUCAUCUUUUGCUUCUUCUAUACUUUCACUUUCCUUUAUUAUAUGUAUGUUUUUUCAGCCAUGAAUCCUUCUGAGCAAUUUGUGGAACAUGGAAUGUCUCAACAGAAUUUAAAGAGGACAUCUUGUGUAAAUGUGCUUACUUUGGCUUACCAAAGUCUUGGAGUAGUCUAUGGUGACCUUAGCACUUCUCCUCUUUAUGUAUACAAGACCUCAUUCUCAGGGAAAUUGAGCCUCAAAGAAGAUGAUGAGGAAAUUUUUGGAGUGCUUUCAUUUAUUUUCUGGACAUUUACCAUUAUUGCUCUCUUCAAAUAUGUUUUCAUUGUGAUGUCUGCUGAUGACAAUGGGGAAGGAGGAACCUUUGCAUUAUACUCACUUCUCUGCCGACACGCGAGACUAAGCAUUUUGCCUAAUCAACAACCUACAGAUGAGAAUUUAUCAGCUUAUUCAACAGAAAAUUCUGCAGAUACAUGGCAAUCUUCUCUUUUGAAGCUGUUCUUUGAAAAGCACCCUAGGUUCCAGAAAGGACUUCUGAUCUUUGUUCUGUUGGGAACAUGCAUGACAAUUGGUGAUGGUGUGAUUACUCCUGCAAUAUCAGUAUUUUCAGCAGUUUCAGGAGUUCAAGUUAAAAUCAACCAACUCCAUGACAAUUACGUUGUUAUAGUCUCAUGUAUCAUUUUAGUUGGCCUUUUCUCCAUUCAACAUCAUGGAACACAUAGAGUUGCCUUCAUGUUUGCCCCAGUUGUUGCAGCAUGGCUUUUGUGUAUCAGUGGUAUUGGUAUAUACAACAUAUUCCGAUGGAACAGACAAGUAUAUCGCGCACUUUCUCCACUCUAUAUGUUGAGGUUUCUCAAAACCACUGGCAUUGAAGGAUGGUUGCCAUUAGGUGGAGUGGUACUUUCAAUCACAGGUGUGGAGACAAUGUAUGCUGACAUGGGUCAUUUUUCUGCACUCUCAAUAAAGAUAGCUUUCACAUGUUUAGUAUAUCCCUGCCUAAUUUUGGCAUACAUGGGUGAGGCUGCAUUUCUCUCCAAGCAUCAUUAUGACAUUCAGAGAAGUUUCUACAAAGCCAUACCAGAAGCUGUAUUUUGGCCAGUUUUUAUAGUGGCCACUUUUGCUGCUGUUGUAGGAAGUCAAGCAGUGAUUUCUGCAACUUUUUCUAUCAUAAGCCAGUGCUGCGCAUUAAAUUGUUUUCCUCGCGUCAAGAUUGUUCAUACUUCUAGAAAAAUAUAUGGACAGAUUUAUAUUCCAGAAAUCAAUUGGAUAUUAAUGUGCCUUUGUUUAGCUGUCACAAUUGGCCUAAGGGAUACAAACAUGAUGGGUCAUGCAUAUGGUCUGGCUAUAACAACUGUUAUGUUUGUGACAACAUGCUUGAUGACACUAGUAAUCAUCAUUGUUUGGAAACAAGGGGUAAUAAAAGCACUUACAUGUUUACUAUUGUUUGGAUCUAUUGAACUACUUUACAUCUCAGCUUCUGUCUGCAAAGUCCAUGAAGGAGGGUGGAUCCCAAUUUUGCUAUCUUUCUUUAUUAUGGCCAUAAUGUACACAUGGAACUAUGGAGAAAUGAAGAAACACCAAUUUGAUGUGGAAAACAAGGUCUCAAUGAAUAUGAUGUUAGCCUUAGGACCUUGUUUAGGCAUGGUCCGCGUCCCUGGAAUCGGACUAAUUUUCAGUAAUCUUGUCUCCGGUAUCCCUGCUAUUUUUGGUCAUUUUGUUACAAAUUUACCGGCAUUCCAUCAGGUGUUGGUUUUUAUAUGUGCUAAAUCAGUUCAAGUCCCUUAUGUCAGUGAAAAUGAAAGAUUGGUCGUUAGUAGGAUCGGUCCGAAGGAGUACCACAUGUUUCGCUGCAUCGUCAGAUAUGGUUACAAAGAUAUGCAACAAGAGAACUACAAUUUUGAGAAUAAAUUGGUAUCUGCAAUAAUACAGUUUAUAGAAAUAGAAGAAAGUAUUCAAGAACAAACACAAGAAUUAACUAUUGAUGAUGAAAACAUAAAUGUGGAAGACCUUGAUGCUUCACAACAUACUUUGAUGAAUAGGUCAUGUUGUGAAAAAAAAUUCUUACCAUUUUCAUGUGAUGGACAAAAUCUUCAUCAAGAGUCCUAUAAAGUUGAGUCUUUGCAGAUUUUAAAAGCCAAGGAGUCAGGUGUUACUUAUAUAGUUGGACAUUCCUAUGCAGAAGCAAAAAAAUCAUCUUCCAUUCUAAAGAAAUUUGGAAUAGAUUUUGUUUAUGCUUUUCUAAGCAAAAAUUGUAGAGAUCCUGAUAUUGUGUUGGAAGUAGCUCAUAGUUCUUUGUUAGAAGUUGGUAUGGUUUAUCAUGUCUAACUCUAACCUUAUUAUACUGAGGUAUUUGCAUAGAAGAAAAAUAGAUAGUUUGUAAAUGUUGGUCAUAGACAUCAACAAUGACUUCUACUGGCCAAUGAUUAAAGAUCAUUAGGUUCUAGGUUUUUCAUCAUUGAUCUCUAAGUGUCUUUGAUCCUGUAUCUAAGAAUGAAAUUCAAAAAAGUGUUUCAUA